UAAAAAAGAAACCACUGACGCCAAGUCCCUUGCAUGGCGUAAUUUGUUUUUCUCCGUCUGUCUUUUCUCUAUCGCUUCUGGACUUUUCACUAAUAUCUACCCAUUAAUCACCAUCAUCACUUGCAAACCACCAUGAACAACCACCACCACCACCACGAUCACCCAUCGGUAUCCCUUCCACCAUCAUCACCCACUGUCAUUUCUUCCAUCACCACCACCAACCAUAAAAAACGGAAACAAAAAGAGUGAACAAAACUCCAAAAUCAUGAGUAUACAGUCAUGAGUGAACCGAAGUUCCCUCACUAAUAAGAUCCGUCAGCCUCUCAGGAGCUCCAAGACGACGACGUAGGAGAGUAUUAAGAAAGGAGGAAACAGUUGACAGUUAGAUUUUGUGUUUCAUCGCUUAGCAAAAGCGUAACGAAGUAUCCUUUCUUUUCCUGCUGAAAACCAGAGUCCCAUCCUACAAUCCUUUCACUCAGAGAGACCCUUUAGGCCUUUUUAGUGUACGCAGGAAGCAAACUUACUUUGUUUGUGGGCAAUUUCAUUCUCCAAGUUCAUUUAAUCAAAAAGUUGCUGUGUUUUGUCUUCGCCUUUGCUGGUGGAGCCCAUUGGAUUGUUUCAAAAACAUUAAAGGGUUCAUUUAUUGGAAGAGCGGUGAAAGAAAGAUCUCUGUUGGUGAAAUUUGUUGAAUGGCAUUUACUACUUCACUGGCUGCUCUCUGACUGAGAUUGCAAAACAACCUUCUGAGAAGUAGUAACCGCCGACUGAAACCUGUACAAAUAAUACUUCACUGACCUCUGCCACUAUCCUAGAAAAAGAGUUUCAGGAAGGGAAGAAGCAAUGGUGCCACAGAAACAGGCUGAAGAGGCUAUUGUCCCUGGGGACAUAAGUGUGAAUGACGGAACUCAGGGAGGAGAGGAAGAAAGAGUGGAUCAUGAGCCUAGGCAUAGCUUCAAAAGCUUACUUUGGCAUGGAGGCUCUGUUUAUGAUGCAUGGUUCAGCUGCGCCUCAAAUCAGGUGGCACAGGUUCUUUUGACUUUGCCAUACUCUUUCUCCCAACUGGGGAUGCUGUCAGGAGUACUUCUACAGAUAUUCUAUGGUUUAUUAGGAAGCUGGACUUCUUAUCUCAUCAGUGUCCUCUAUGUUGAGUACCGGACCAGAAAGGAGAAGGAGAAUGUCAGCUUCAAAAACCAUAUUAUUCAGUGGUUCGAGGUGUUGGAUGGUUUGUUGGGUCCACAAUGGAAAGCUGUGGGAUUAGCGUUUAAUUGCACAAUGCUCCUAUGUGCUGCUGUUAUACAGCUGAUAGCCUGUGCAAGCAAUAUAUAUUACAUUAAUGACAGACUGGACAAGAGAACAUGGACAUACAUAUUUGGGGCGUGUUGUGCAACUACCGUGUUCAUCCCCUCAUUUCACAACUACAGAAUUUGGUCAUUUUUCGGUCUGGGGAUGACCACUUACACUGCAUGGUACCUAACCAUCGCGGCCUUUAUCCAUGGCCAGGUUGAUGGAGUAAAACAUUCUGGCCCAACAAAACUAGUAUUGUAUUUUACUGGUGCCACCAACAUACUUUACACUUUUGGUGGUCAUGCUGUCACUGUGGAGAUCAUGCAUGCAAUGUGGAAGCCGCAGAAAUUUAAGUAUAUAUAUCUGUUUGCGACCAUCUACGUCUUCACACUAACAAUCCCAUCAGCUGCUGCUGUUUAUUGGGCCUUUGGUGACCAGCUCCUUGACCAUGGAAAUGCCUUCUCAGUGCUUCCUCGCACACGUUUUCGUGAUGCAGCUGUUAUUCUAAUGCUAAUCCAUCAGUUCAUAACAUUUGGAUUUGCUUGCACCCCUCUGUAUUUUGUGUGGGAAAAAGUGGUCGGGAUGCAUGACACAAAAAGCAUAUGUUUAAGGGCAUUGGUCAGGUUACCGGUGGUGAUACCAAUUUGGUUCCUGGCCAUAAUAUUUCCCUUCUUUGGGCCGAUCAAUUCAGCUGUUGGAGCAUUUUUAGUCAGCUUCACCGUCUACAUAAUCCCUGCUCUUGCACAUAUGCUUACUUACCGAAAGGCCUCAGAUCGCCAGAAUGCUGCAGAAAAGCCACCAUUCUUCCUACCGAGCUGGACCGCCAUGCAUGUGGUGAACACAUUCGCGGUGGGAUGGGUUUUCGUGGUUGGAUUUGGAUUCGGAGGGUGGGCAAGCAUGAGCAACAUCAUCAAACAAGUUGAUUCCUUUGGUCUGUUCGCCAAAUGCUAUCAGUGCAAGCCGCCGCCUCCUACACACCAGCACUAAGCCGUGACACGAUUAGUGUCGUACUAACCACCUCAUAUUGUGCAUUUGUCUGCAGUACUGUGCUGUUGUUUCUCCCCAGAUUUUAUUUUGUCCAAACUUUUACAACGCAGACAUAGUGAUCAGUCGACUAGCGUUGACAGGGAAUCAAAGGUUGACAACACAUAGGAACUUCAUCAAUGAUGGUAUUACAAAAUUGAAAAAUAGAUGGAAGACAAGCAUGGUUCACUUUCCUAUA